AUGAGUGACCGCGAUGGUGCAAGUGGAUCAGGAUCUCAGGGAAUGGACAAAGGAGAGAAAAAUACAAGAACGCCCUCGGAGCCUAUGUCAACGGGAUCUCGAGCACGCAGCUAUUAUGCUUCAGAACCCAUACAGUUUAGAGUACGGGGAACAACCAUUACAGGUGCUUCUCCACCAAAGUUUGUGACUUUAGAGGACAUAAUGAAAGCAGCCCAUGGUAUGCAGAACAUGGCAUUAGCACAUGAGAUAGCUGUUGAUAAUGACUUCAAGCUCGAGCCAUUUGAACCCCCUGAUAAUAGUUACCAAAAGUUAGUUAAAGAAACUAUGCAUAAAGCAUACUUUGAUAUACUACGGGAGCAACUCAACUCUGACCCUCCUGAGUACAAGCAAGCUCUUGUACUUUUAGAAGAUGUCAAGCAGGGUCUAUUCUCCAUCCUACUUCCGCGGCACACUCGUAUCAGGGAAAUGAUAGAGGAGGUGCUUGACUCGGAAUUUAUCAGACAACAAGCAGAAAACAACAGCCUUGACUUCCAUAAAUAUGCCAAGUUUGUUAUCGACUUAAUGGCUAAGUUGGCUGCUCCUGCCAGAGAUGAAAUGAUCCAGCACAUCACAACAUUGACUGAUACAGUGGAUGUGUUUCGUGCCAUUUUGGAGACACUAGAAGUGCUGAAACUAGAUCUAGCGAACACACUUAUCGCUAUGAUACGACCACAUGUUCAGAAGGAGAGUGUGCACUAUGAAAGGAUGAAAUUCGAUGAAAUGCUAAAAGUAUCUGAAGACGGUCUACAACAUACUAAGGCAUGGUUAACACGCAAUAUCGAUAAAACUGGUCUCAAUUUACCGAUCACCGAUCAGAAUAUUAUCAGAAAUGUUACAGCGCAAACACUGGCAAAGGCCUAUCUAGAGUUACUGGAGUGGGACCCGGAUAAAGAAUAUCCCGAGACGGUGACAUUAGAUGCGCCCCGGUUUUCUGAGCUAGGUACUCAAGUGUAUCGGCUUAUAGUGGCUGCUUCUCUGUUACUCGUUAGCCCUACGGCCAACGCUAAUGAUCCAAACAUCGCAACGCAACACAAGCAAACACUCAAGGAAAAGAUAUUUAUUAUCAUAGACAAUACUUCAAACGACAUAGAACUAAAAGAAGUGCUGCCAUCUGUCGCUGAAGAAGUUAUCCUAGUGACAGAACAACUCCUGGACAACUUGAAUCAAGAGCCCUUGACGUCCGAUACAAAGGAAUUAAUAAGAACCCAGAUCACCUCCCUUAGGGAUCCCGAACAUAGAGUGAGGCAAAUUGUCCAUCAACGCAUAAUGGAAUUCUUCAAAAUCAUAUUAGUUUGCGCCGGCGGCUCCAGACAGAUACCAGUCGGGUUAUCGGCACUGGCUAAAGAACUUACAAACGUCGCUGGUACAUUACUGAGAUAUGUGAUGCACAAUAAGGCUGUAUUCACUAAUCAUUACUUGGAAAUAGUUACAGAAGAAUUAAGUAAAAAUUAA